AUGGUCCGACAUCCGGAAAUAUUGAAUUUUAAAACUAACUUUAAUGUCUUCAGGUCUGAUUCAGAGUUUGAAGUGUUUGAGCCUGUGCAGAAAGCCAAGCCGAAGAGAAAACUAACAUCUCGAGACACCGUUAGGUCUGACUCCGAGUUUGAAGCGUCUGAACCCGUGCAGAGAGCCAAGCCUAAACGAAAACCAACAUCUCGAGACAGAUCCCAUUCUUCAAAGAAGCCGAAGUCGAAUCCAAAGGAAUCGUUCGACGUGCUGGGAGUUCUGUCGGACGAGGAGGAAGCCAUAGAGAAGGCCACGCGCGCAUCCAACGAGCCGAGGCGGCUCGACAGCAGCUUCAGCAGCAAGACCGCGCACGGCUCGCUGGUGUGGCGCGCGCCGCUGGCCGGCCGCUACUACGUGGAGACGCGCGUCUACAGCGCGGACGACGCGCGCAAGGCGCCCCCGGACCAGCGCUACACCAAGGCGCUCGUCACGCUCAAGGCGCAGCUGGACUCGGAGCAGGCUGAGUGGGACUACUUGCAGAGGUUCCUGAAGAAAGCUAAAACACUGUUUAGCGAUACUAAACCUGUAUUUUAUGAUAAUAAAAUAAAUAAAGUAGGUUUAAAAUAAUAUUGACUUAGGUUUUUUUUCCUUCAUUGACCUCGAGUGCCCAGGCAGGUUAUGAUUUUACAUGUAAAAUUUAGAUAGGUUAGGAUACAAUAAUAAGUAAAACUAAGAUAGUUAAAAAUAACUUUUAGACUAAGUAUUUGUACCUAAGUAAAGUUUUAGAUAGCUAAAAGUAAGUUUUAUAAAGAGCUAGAAAGUUAUUAACAAGUUAUUAAUCUAAUCUAACUACUAAAAUGCCUUUUUGCUCUGAGUGUUGUAUCCAAGUAGAUAGCAGGCGGUGGGUAGGUCACCUGCGCAGCGCCGCACACAAAGGUCGGUGCAACGCGUUGCAGGCGCAAGACUUUGAUGGUGUGGUUGAACUUGCAACUGCUUUCCAGGGUCGCAUCGUGUCCUACAGGAUCACUCCUACAGAUGAGUACGUACACUCUUUGCCUGAUAUGUUUUUGCACAGUAUAUUUUCUAAAAUCGAUAACUUAUUGAAACUCUCAUUGAAAAAGCAUAUAAGUUUAAAAGUUAAUUUCGAAUAUUUCGCUAAUUUCUUUUUAUUUAAGAAUGAGCAAAGUGAAGUCAAGUCAUUUGUUAUUAAAAACUUUUUAGUUACUCGCAAUUAUGACUUUGAUAAGAUAUUUGAAACACUUGUUGAUAGUAUUAAAAACAAAGUUGAGGAAUUCGAAGACCGCGAUAGCGGCUGGACUUUUUUGAGCAAUGUUUCCCUGGAAGUCAAUAUUAAUAGGUACGAUCCUCUUAGAGGGUCGGGUUCAACUUACGUUGAUUUACCACUUACAAUAAAAAAGAAAAAGGCGUGUAUUAAUAUCCGGAAUAAGGAUGAAUAUUGUUUUCUGUGGAGCAUUGUUGCUGCUCUGUACCCGGUGAAAAAGAACGGUGAUCGUACAUCCUCAUAUCCAAACUUUGAACAGGUUCUAAACAUUGAUGGCAUGUCAUUCCCAGUAACGUUCAGCGAUAUCGCAAAGUUUGAAAAUAAUAAUCCUGAAAUAAGUGUAAAUGUAUACGCUUUAAAAAAUAAUCGUACCGUAGUAGGACCUAUAUAUAAAUCAGAAUUUAAGUCAAAAACUAGAACUAAAAUUAACUUACUGUUAGUUGAAAAUAAUAUUAAAUGUCAUUUUGUUCUAAUAAAAAACUUGUCUCGACUUGUCAGAAGUCAGAUUACGAAACAUCACGGAACACUCUAUUUUUGCGAUGAUUGUUUGUUAUUUUUUACUACCGAAGUUAAACUGGAAAAUCAUACAUGCAGUGGUGUAAGCACGGUACUGCCUGAUAAAGGAACGUGUUUAGAAUUCAAACAUUUCGAACGGAAGCAAGAUGUUCCUUUUACUAUCUAUGCAGACUUUGAAACACUUCUUGUACCUUUUCAAGGGUGUGAACCUGAUCCUACAUCAAGUUUUACUUCUCAACGCCAAAAACACAUUCCAGCAGCCUUUGCAUAUUAUAUAGUUUGCUCGUUUGAUAAUGAUUUAAAUAAAUUCGUGCAAUA